AUGUCUACUCCUAAAGGUCCCUUCCACCUGGUUACUGUCAACACCGCGCCCGAGCGCGCUAAGCGCCUCAUCGGCCGUGUCGCAGAGGCUCUGAGCGACCGGUACACCAUCGUUCACGUCGACAACUGUGAGAAGAUCGAUGAGGUCGAGGCCAAGGUCAAGCAGCACAACCCCGAGGUUCUGUUCAGUGCCUCUAUGUGGUCCACCGAGCAGGCCCAGCAGAUCCAUCAGAUUGCACGUUCUGUUCGGCCAGAUAUCAAGCUUCACGCUAUUCCCGAGGGCUUGCAGGUUGAGCGUGGCCCCGAUGCCAUUGUUGAAUAUCUAAUUGAGAAGGUUCCGGUGCUGCUCGACAGCUGA